GCUCCCCAGCCGUUGGACGUACGACAUGGCCGCCUCCCUCCUUGUUAUCAACCCGAAUUCCUCGAAGUCGGUCACCGAUGGCCUCGCAGAGACCCUCGUUUCUCCGCCUGGCGUUGGCCUCGCGUUCUAUACCGCGCCAGCGCACGCGCCGCCCUCAAUAAAUGACGCGACGACCGCGGCCUUGACGACUUCAGCCUGUUGGGAGGAUAUCAGCGCGCAGGGUCUACUGGACAAGCAUGAUGGCUUCCUUGUAUGCUGCUUCUCGGACCAUCCCCUCGUCCAUGUCCUCCGCGAAAAUACCCUCAAACCCGUCGUAGGAAUUAUGGAAGCUGCCGUGGCCCACGCCCUCUUCUCCGGGAAGCGCUUCGGCAUCGUCUCAACAGGCUCGGGCUACAAGUACGACCGCCACAAGGACGUCCACUCCUUCCUCGGCGCAGUCUCGCCACGAUUCGCCGGGCUCGUGACGACCGGACUGGGCGUCGUGGAGCUCCGUGAGGGCGACCGCGCAAAGGUUGAGAGCAAUAUGAAGCGUGGGGCAGCCGAGGUUGUGUCCCUGGGCGCGGAGGUCAUCAUAUUGGGAUGCGCUGGCAUGGCCGGGAUGGAACCGCUCAUCAAGCAAGGCGCGCGCGAGGCCCAUGGGGAAAAUACCUCCGUCAAGGUGAUUGACGGCGCGCGAGCCGGCGUGGAGGUGCUCGCAGGUCUUGUCAGACUGAAAUAUUGAAUAUAUAUUAGAAUGUAAAUAUACUAGGCAACUUGCUGUAUCAACAAAUCGACCUUUGCAGACAUCU